AUGGACCAGCGAGAAUGUGUAAAAGUCGAAUUCGAUCGUGAUGAAAACUACGGCUGGGUCGAUUUGGGAGAUCAUGACCAGCUUCACAACUCUCGAUUCUUAAGGCCAUCGAUGACUGAAUCUGCACCAAAUGAAAUUCGUAUCGAGGCCUCGCACGAACCCGACGAGAGCGCUUCUCCUGGCUCACCCGCUAGUGUAGCAGUGUCAAAUCUGCACGAGUCCUCGAUCGCAGGACCUACUCCAGAGCUUGUAAAAUGGUCGAACCACGAAGACCUCAAAGCGAGCAUUACCAAGAAUCGUGCGGAUCUCGAGCAGAUGAUGCAGAAUUCCGAGACCGAUCGCGCCCAGCUUUGGAAACAUGUUCAGUCUCUUCGGCAGGAGCUCAGCGAGCGUGGCGACCAACAAGAGCUCACGCUCAGAGAGAUGGAGCUGAGAUUCAAGAGACGAGUACAGGCCCAAGGCGACGAGCUCAGUGUUCUAAAGUCGCAACUGCAGACCCAUGCUGAGCUCAAAGAAGUCCUUCAGCGUAUUCAAGGACAGAAUACUUUCGUACUUGAAAGUACCCGUGCAGAGAUCUCAGCCGAGCUCAAUCAGCUCACGCAUAAGAUGUCUGCAAUCGAGCAGGAACUCGAAGACAGCGUGGACCAGAAAUUUUCCACGCGGGCUGCUGAUAUCGAGAUCGCUCUAAGACAUGAACGCUCGGUACAAAUUUAUGGGGAACGUCGGCUUGCAGAAAAUUUACAAGACCUGAAGACAAGCACGGAGAACGCUAUAGAGACAGAGCGUGUUAGGAAUGAGCGGGCUGUGGCCACAAUGACUACCGAAGUCGAGCACGUCAACACUAACGUCGGUGAUGCCCUCCGCAGCCUGAAAGCCGAGAUUGACGAUAAGGGUGAUGCUCUCGCUGCCAAUAUUGACCGUGCAUUCGAUGAGUGCAGGCGCAUUGAAAACGCUUCGCAGAAAGAGUCGUCGAAGCGGACGAAAGAUCUUCAAGCUCUCGAAGCCCGUCUGAAGGAGAUGGAGCAGAGACAUACCAAAGACAUGUCCGUCCUAACCUAA